GGCGGAUUCUGUGUGAAAAAUGUGUGUUUCGCAGGAAAAGUGCAAGAAAGUGUGGUGAAAAAAGUGAGAAAAUCCCAUAAAAUCUCAGUCAUUUGUGCAGUUCAUACAGUCUAUUCACCGAGUGUUAUCACACAGUGGCGGCAGCGCGAUGCCGAAAUGCGAUCUCAAGACAAAAUACAUCCCGGCCGUGCUGGCUUGGGCGGUCUUAUUGAGCACAACUUUCGUGUUUUUCUACUAUCCUUGCCAGUACUACGUGCCCCGCUUUCCGUGGGUGCCGGUUUAUCAGGGAGUCAUCACGUUCUUCGUGAUCGCCAACUUCACUCUGGCAUCAUUUAUGGAUCCGGGAGUGAUACCAAAAGCUUUGCCCGAUGAAGACAGAGAGGAUGAAUUUCGGGCUCCGCUGUACAAAAAUGCUGACAUUAAUGGAAUUACCGUCCGAAUGAAAUGGUGUGUCACCUGCAAAUUCUAUCGACCGCCCAGAUGUUCCCACUGUUCUGUGUGCAAUCAGUGUAUAGAGAAAAUGGACCAUCACUGUCCAUGGGUGAACUCGUGCAUAGGUCGUAGAAAUUACCGUUUCUUCUUCUUCUUCCUGAUAUCACUCUCCAUCCAUAUGCUGAGUAUCUUCUCGCUGUGUCUCAUCUUUGUGCUGCACAACAAGGAGAAGCUGGCGCAGGUGGACGUGAUUGUGGCUCUCGUGUUGAUUGCUAUAAUCAUAGUAUUGGCAAUUCCGGUGUUUGGCCUCACGGGAUUUCACAUGGUGCUCGUGUCACGUGGACGCACGACCAAUGAGCAAGUGACGGGCAAAUUCAAGGGUGGCUACAAUCCCUUCUCGCAGGGAUGCUGGCACAAUUGCUGCUACACACUGUGCGGACCACAAUAUCCCAGUCUGAUGAAGCCGCACAAAUACGCGGCGAGGCGAUCGAAUAAGGAGGGUCAGAUGAUCAGCACAAUCACGAGCGAUGGACAGGCGAGGAGCGGCGGCAGCAGUCAGCCGGGCGGCGCGGGAGCGCUGCAGCAGCAACAGCAGCCGCAUCUCUAUGAGAGAGAUAAUCGACAUACACAGGUAAAAACCUAUACGGACCAUGGAAAUGGGCAUGGGAUGCGUUCUGGUGGAACUACACAGUACAGCAAGUUGUCACCGGGAAGAGAGUGUUCGGACACGGACAUGGAGCCUCAGGCGUCCCAGAGUCAGGAUUGCGAACCGACGCCACCGCUGCAGAGACAUGGAUCCAAGAGCAAUUUCUUCUUGCCGCCCAUCGAUGGUGGUGAAUCGCCCAGACACAUCAGGAUGUAUCAUCCGCGACAUAGUCCUCAUCCGCGACAGAGGGGACUCGAUCCUUCGCGCGGUUACACGCCGGAUUCUAUGUCGCCGGAGCAGCAACCGGGACAGAUGAUGGGUGGCAUACAGAUGCAGGUGGUUAAUCAGCAGCAGCAGCAGCAACAAAUGGGGCCGCGAGGGACUUCGGCGACACCAACGAUGCAACAACGAAUCAAAGCACUAGGCGUUGCCACACCAUUGGCCAUGUCGAGUCCAGUGAGAAGAUCGAAUCCUGGCACGCCAACACAACCACGUCGUCCGGACUUUAUCAGUGUGAACUCUUCGAUGGCCAACCAAGUGGGCGCCACGUAUUAUGACUUCCCAAUGCAGCAAGCGCAACACCAUCAGGGUCUUCAGCCGGCCACUUCGCAGCAGCAGGCGUAUCAGAUGGCACAGCAGCACCACAACAACGGUGCCAUUCGCAGCCAGGCUGUCUAUGGCAGUCCGCAGAGGAGAUUCCUCUCGGAGGGUGAGCUCGUGCGUCAGGGAGCGGAGCUCUCGUACGCCCGCACGAACAACACUGUGGACAACAUUCGCGAGCUGGCGGGCAGUCCUCAGCGGGGCGUUUAUAUGUGGAAGGACACCAGUCCUGGAUAUGGCGGAUCGGCAAAUCCGCCGGGUUUUCCCGGUGUGCAGGCCACACAGAUGAACAUGCUGAGGCAGCAGCAGAACAACCAACAGAUGAUGCAGAUGGACCACCAUCGCUCGAAUCCCACGAGCCCAACGCAGCAGCAGCAACAGCAGCAGAUGCAGUACGGCGGCGGACAGCAGAGAUAUCCGCAGACAAUGCCAAAUAACAUACAGCCCACCUCGAGUGGCUAUCAUCCGGCGCUGAGGGGCGGCGUGCCCGUGUUCCCGCCACAGCCAUCACCACAGGUGAAGAGGAAAGCCACGCCGACGCGUCCCAUGUCGUUUGUGCGCGCCCUCGAGAUGACGGAUGCGAUGGACAUGGCCCAGAGCGCGAGUGAUAUUCAGCAGCAGCAACCAAAUCAAAAUACGAGUAGGAACAACGGGCCGAUCCAGCAUCCGGGCGGCCCGCAGAGGUCCACGACGCCCACGCCCGACCGCGCCAGUGUGUACGAUAUGAACUACGAGAUCUCCGUAUAACACAACGCGCCGGGGCGAUCUUAUCACGGCACCAACAUGGCCAGCGGUGGUCAAAUGCCAGCAUGUGAUUUCACCACCUUUGGCUAUGCGAAGAAGUACUGAGUGGAAUUGCAUCUCUACGCUACGUUCUUCUUGAAUGGACUCUGUGUAAUUGUGAGGGAUAUUGUUGUUUCGUCCUGCAUGGUGAGUAAGAUGUGGAUAAAAUGAUUAGAAGAAAUGACAAUCUCAUGCAAAAACUAUCAACAUUUGCAUCACAUUCAGGACAAUCUCUUAUGCUCAAGAUCACUUUCAAAAGACUCAUGAUAGAAAUUUGAUUUAAAUAUGAAAGGAUUGCCAAAGUGUAACUCAAGAUGCGACAAUCAUUUUGACAAGGAAAACUCCAGACACUUUUGCAUGAGAUUGUCAGAAAAGUCCUGCAAAAUUUUGCACAAUAUCCAAACAUUGUUAACGUUCCACAUUCCGAAUAUUGAAAGUCCACAGAUUUUUGUAGUUCUUUAGAGACAGUUGAGAGAUUUUACGAGUAGAUCAAACCUUAUGCAUUUCAUAUUUUCAUUGUCAGUAACUGUAUGAAGGAAUUGUGCGAAAUUUUCUACAUAUUUGUGGUAUAAAAUAUAUCUUCUAGAUCAUAAAUGUUGUUCCCUCGAAUCACAAUACCGAACAGAAAGAGUGUUUUUUGAGAAGAAAAAGAGACACAGUGCUUUGUGGAUAAAGUGAGAAGAUUGCUCUUGUUGGGAAGAAGUGAAAUUUAUCAAUAGAAGGGAAGAAAGGAAAUGUGUUUCUUUGUAGUUAUCUAGUUUAUAUAUAUUUGAAAUUGAUGGAAGUUAAUUUUGUUUUAGCAAAUGAAUGAAGAGGAAAUCAUGCAAAAUGGGUCUUUAUUUCUUUAUAGACGUGUAGGUAGAAUAUUUAGGCGAUACAGAAUAUAAUUUUACAAUUGAAAAAUAAUUUAUAAAACAAAUGUAAAUGAUAAAAUGUCUGAUAGUAACUAAUAAUAUAAUUUUAUAUUUGAGGAGAAAAUCCGAGCGAUGCAAACAAAUGUUGUAAAAAAAAGAAGUGGACAGAAAAAGUGAUGGAAGAGUACAUUUAACUAGACUUGUGCAUUUAAAUGUAAAAGAGAAAAUGAGGAGGAAAACUCGAUGAAUAGAAAUGAGUUGAAAAAGAAACUUGGGAAGGGAAACAAGCGAAGAAAAUUGUAGGUAGAAAAACCGGUGAGAAGAUCAAUUUGUAAUAUAAAUUUUGCGGCAAAGAAGAGAAUAGGAAAGAAAACUAAACGUAGCAUUUUCGUGUUUGUUAACACUAAUUGUUUUUUUUUAUCGUGACUACUUAAUACAAAGAAAGGCGAGAAAAGGUUGAGGCAGAAAAGAAACAAUGAAGAUGUUUUCAAUAUCAUGCAAUUUUUUGUAUUCUAAUAAGAGAUGGAAUAUGAGGAAAAAUGUGUAAAAAUAAUAGUUAUCUUAUAUUUGAAAUAAUCAAAUGACUGACAUCACAAUUUUUAGCGGCGAAGCGAUUGAGGAUUUUUUGAUUAGGGAGACACACACAAAACCACACAAGUUGAUUGAUUGAAGAAUGUAACGUGAUGGGAGAAUUUUUAGCAUUCAUUACUAGUGCAUGAUGAAGUAAUAAGUAAUAUUUCUUUCACAUAAAUGCAAGAACAUUUUAGAGACAUAGGCAUUACAAAAAAAUCAUCAAUGAAGAAGUCGUAUCGAUAGAUAAAAUAGAAUAUUUUCUUCAUUCCAAAUGUUGAAGAAAAGGAUUGGAAAUUGGAAAAACGGGGUUCACAGAGUUAAAAUUCACACAAUGCUUCCCAUUUUACAUUUAUGAAAGAUUUUCUCCUAAUGUAAGAAAAGAACUACUUCUAGUCUAUUCUUUGAGAUAUGUUAAAGAGAGAGAGAGCUGAUGAAUGAGGUUGAUGUUUUAUUUUGUAGUUUUAAUUAUACAUUAAAUUGCUAAUAUCCGCCCGGAACAAUUUGAGAAGGAAAAAAAAGAAGCGUAACAGAGAAUGAUAGAAAAUGCAUAACAAAUAGUCUUCUUUGUUAACUUGGUCAUCAUCUAAGUUUUGAGGUCUCGACACGCUCAACGGCCGUGUUUGAGUAUUUAGUAAUCCAAUAGUUUUCCAGUAUGAUUUCUUGUUAAUCAAACCAGGCAAUUUAGUCACAAACAAAGCUUCAGUGAAAUCAUGUGUCGAGGAUUUCGUAAAUAUCCUCUUUUUUUUAUCUAUUAAUAAAGCAAGAGCACUAGGUUUUUAAGGUGACUUUAUGUGGGAAUAACACUAGGAAUAGUGACAUUUUUUGUUGUUUGUUGUGCUUGAAAAGAAAACGCAUGAGAAGCCUUGCUUAGGCUAGUAGAAAAAGAAAAACGAAGAUCAAUUUUUGAGGAGUUGAAUCAUGAAAGGAUAUUUCACUGCCAAUUUGUACGUGACGGCAAGAAAGAAAAAAAAAACAGUUAAAUGGCCAGAGAAGAGGAGAUUUGAAAAGAAAAAAUGGAAUCAUUGCGCCCGAAAAAUUCUCCCUAUUUCUGCCAACAUACACAAGAAAAAAAACUUGGUGCAUAGAGAAAAGAAUGCAUGAUGAAAGAAAAUUAUAUGUACAAGUUGCAAAUUUUAUUCAUUCAUUUUUCCAUCCCGAACAGAGUACACAAGAGUAUAGAUUGAUAAAGUUGAGAAAGAUAAUUAGAUUUAGAGAAAAUUCCUCAUGAAACCUCUUGUACAUAUUAAUCCCACUUACAUGUUAUUUUCCACUCAAGAAAACAAGUCUCUUUUUGUAUAAAUGGAUGAAGGAAAAUCACAAGGAAUAGGGUUUUUACUGAGAAAAGAUGAAAAAUAAAAUGUAGACGAAAAAUACAAUGGAGUUCACCGAAAAGCAGUGGAUUGAUAGACAUAAAAGAACACAACCCCAAUUUUAAACAAUUUUCACAAAAAAAAGGAUCAUUAACUAAGUGUAAAUUAACAUUUCAAUAAAACAUUGAUGAAAGAAA